GCCUUCCUUAUAGCCUUUGCAGACUUCCUGAGAAAACGCCGAGCGCUUCUCGCCUUCGCCCGGCGCUGUCAGGAGCCGCCGAAGUAUCCUGACUAGCUAUGAGGAUUCCCAACCAUUCCUUGAUGGGUCCUUUCAGAGGACAUAUGAGUAUUAAAAGCAGUCCCUUUUCUCUAAGUUCUUCCUGCAAGCUCUCAAGCCAGUACAUUAUUCAAGAUCACAUGGCUAUGCAUUACAGAAAACUGCUCACCGCCAAAGCUGCUGUUGAUUCAUCUGCUCCAAAGAGUUUGAACACAAGCAUUAAAUACAGAGACCAACAGAAAAGAGAGAAGCUCAUCAAAGCUGUUGAAAAAUUCAAGAAAGAAGUAGCAUUGAUCCAUUCUAUGCCAUCAGGUCAUUCUAGAGGUGUUUCCACUAAGAAUCUCAACCAGUUACCAAAUCACCUGAAUUUGGUUCCAAGAGCGAGAUCAUCUCCUUUGAGAAAAGAGGAGCAGAAGCCUUCCAAACUGUCCAAGAAAAUGUAUGCAAGUCUCCAGCCCUCGAUUUUGAAGGAAGAAGAUAUUCAAGGUCCAGUUUUAUCUCGUACAUACAGAAAUGCACUCCAGCCAUGUGCAUUAUCUCUUUCCCUGUCUCCUGGGAAAUUAUGUCAGGGCCCUAAGAAGAAAUCUACUAGUGGAGAUCUACUGGACACACAUGCUGAUUGGUUUACGGAGACAAAACAGCCUUUUACCCCAAAGCUCUUAAAAACAACAAGUAAAUCAUUUCUUUCAAAAUAUAGAUAUUAUAACCAUCCGUGCCGGAAGAAAAGCCUUUCUUCUCAUACACAAUCACACAAAAGAUCAAGAAAUGUUUGCAGGUCUAUGGAUAAUGAGUGGCUAAGAGCUCAUGCGGAUGACCCUCCAUGCCAUCCACUCAAGAAACAUUCUGGGAACUCGACUACUGUUCAAACACUUCUUCGUGCAAAAAAUGAAGAGUUGAAGUACCUGCAGUUGCUUCAAGAAAUUACGAAUUAUAUUUUGCUUAGAAGUUGUUACUGGAAGAAGUCACUAGGUGAUAUAAUUCGAAUGCAUAUUAUCAACAGGUGUGACCUUGAUGAGGUAAAAAUACAAAGAAUUUUUCAAACCCUGGAGGAAGACUUGAACAUUUACACUCAGCUGCCUGAUUCGUCUGAGUUACACUGCCUUGAAACACAGGAAUAGUGGUUUUAAUAUAAAUUAUAUAUAGGCCCUGUCUAUAGCCUUCUAAAAUAUUAUAUUCAAACAAGAGUACAGAUUUCAUAAUAAAUAUAGGGGAAAAAUUACUAUGCUGAAAGCAAUUUAGAUAGUACAAUAAACCCUAAUUAAUCUGCUAAUACAAAUUGGAUUUCUAAAUUCCUCUAGGCACAAGUAUUUUUGUAGACUGUAUUAAUGAGGUUCUCAAUUCUUAUGAACAUCGAUCCUUCUAUAGACAAGAAUGGCACCGUCCUUUUAGAUAUAUAAUUGUACUUAAAUAGCUCACACCAAGAUACUUACAAACCUACUUCCCCUGAAUAGAGAAUUAGCACAUGUUGACUAUAAAUACCAAGACAACAAUUUGGAGACUUAGAAUUUUCUGUGUCUCUUUGCUGCCAUCUAUUGCUCCUCCACAUUUUUGCAAUUCUGGAAUUGCAACUUAUCUCGAAAGAACAUGAAAGCUUAUUUGCUAUCUAAUGGUCUGUCCGGACUUUUGAAUGUUAGCUCUACCAGAACAACCAUCUCAGAUGUUAGAUUGUGAGGUCAAGCAAUACAUUUAUAAUUUGUACAUUGAUCUUUAUUAUUUCAUUGUUGUAAUUACCUGGCUGAAAAGUAAGCUUUUAUUUUAAAUAGCAUUAAAACUUUUUAAGUACGGUAGCUUUUCAUCAUGUGAUAUUUACAAUUUAUAUAAAAAAUUUACACUGUUUCCAUUUAUGUAUCACUGCAUUGUUACAGAAAGAUGAUAUCAGCAAAGGGUCAGCAAUGUGGGUCUACCAGAACCCAAUUACUGAUUUCUUGAAUCACCAAUUUCUUGUGAUAUAUCAACUAACAAGACUUGAUUAUCUUGAGGGACUUUAGUCAUUAAAAAAUUAUGGGUUUUUUUGUCUUUGGAGAUUCUCAGUCAUCCAGGUCAUGUUUCAAAAAGGACCUUUGGGGCAAUUUUUUUUUUUUUGGUGCCCAUCCAACAGCCUGUAGGGUGAUUUCUAUAUGUCAGUUAUUAUAAUUUAUUUGAAAUGGUUACCUGUGCCUUAUAUUUUACAGCAGAAAGAUGGGCAUAGAGAGAUUAAAUACAUA